AUGGCUUAUCAACAACAAGAAACUCGUUUCAUUGAAAAUUUUAUUAUUACUUGGGUGGACUCGAAACUUCGUCGUAGAAAUAGAACGGAUAAUGAUAUUCAAACAUCGAUUACAGUGCUCCGUCGUAUUGUCAAUUCAAUCAAAAUAUUUGAUACGUGUGAGUUAUUUAUCGAUUUUAUUGACAAUAAAGUGAAAGAAGAAAAAGUCUUUUUAAUUGUUUCGGGUUCAUUGGGGCAACAACUAGUACUUAACAUUGAACAUGACACUAAGAUUGAUUCAAUUUAUGUUUUUUGUUUUAAAAAGUCUAAACAUGAACAAUGGGAUACGAAGGAGCAACAUCAUAAAAUGAAAGGUGUCUUUACAGAUAUUCAAGAAAUUUGUAAUCAACUCAAAGAAGAUAUAAAACAGUGUCAACAGGAGUUGACUCCUAUUGAGACACUCAGUUCACACACAUUAAAAAUUUCUAAUCACCUUGAUGCAUCAUUCAUGUACUCGCAAUUACUCAAAGACAUUAUACUUAGUAUGGAAUAUGAUAAUACAACUCGUGAACAAGCGAAAGAAGACUUUAUUAGUUUUUGUCAACUCUACUAUGCUGAGAAUAAUAGAGAAUUGUCUGUAAUCGAAGAAUUCCAACAAAACUAUAGUAAUCCAUCUCCAAUUUGGUGGUAUACACGUGAGUGUUUUAUUUAUUCCAUGCUAAAUCGAGCUUUAUGCAAACAAGAUAUGGCGAUUUUGAUCAAGAUGAACUUCUUCAUUUAUGAUCUUCAUCAACAACUUGAAAAUCUUCAUAAAGCAAUGAAUAAUAGUGAGAUAUUGCCUGUUUAUCGAAGUCAAGGGUAA